GUUACUCAUGUUAUUUUUCAUGGAGGAACUAAAUCCAACUAUCUAAAGGCUAAAAAGUUGAAUCUGCCGAUCCUAUCUAUACUUUGGGUAUUUGAAUGUAUUAAUGAGGGUAAACUGGUUUCUACAGCUAGGUUUCCUUCUCCCUGCUGUGAACCCUACGACCAGGGUAAGUUUCCAAGUUUACGAAAACUGAAAUCCAUCCAUAUCCGGUCCGUGGAGGAGGGUUGGAACCUGUUCCAGGAGAAGAAGAAGAAAGAGGAGAGAGCUAAGGAACGAAAGAAGAAAAAGGAGGAUGAGAGAAAGAAAGCUCUAUUUAAAUCUAAACCCAUCCAUCCUCUGUACUACGAGGGUAGUCCGUAUGUAGUUGAGAAGAAGGAGGAGGAUAAACUUUUGAAGAUUCUGAACGAGAUUAAAUCUCCUUCAGGUUCACCCUUCAGAAAGGAGUUCUUCCAGGCACCCUCUACUCCUAUUUGGGAAGAUGAAGAUGAGUUAGAUUUGUCUUUGGCAGAUAGGCUUAUUCAUAGAUAUAAAAAAAAUAAAGCAUUGGCGAGACUAAACAGUGACUCAUGUUUGAACAGCAGUGCUGAUACACCUUUAAGAACAGGAGAUACAGAUUCACGGACAAGAACAGGAGAUAAAGAUACAACCACAGUCAGAGGUUCUCAGAAUGUAACCCAAAGUAGUUCUCUUGAUACUACAGGUAAACCCAGAAGGUUCCACCAGCUCUCUGAUUCUACUCUCCUUGCAUCCCCAAUCAUGAGCCAAGAUCAAUUAUUCCCCUCCUCAGAUACUGCUGAUCAAACUAUUAAACGUAGAUCCAACCGUCAAUCCACACAAAUAUGCACUAAAGCUUCAAAUGUGCUUGCUAUACAACAAAGUCCAUUGAGAGAGUCAACUUCUGUUGAUCGUGAAACUUCCAGCAAACUGACAGAUGACAUUUCCUCCAAACAAAUAUCUGUAUCUGGAACUGGUGGUAAGAAUGCAUUAAGUUCUGGCGUUCAGCCAACUGUUACAGAAGCAGGAAAAAGAAGGUUAAAGGUUGGACGGAAACGUUUAAAUAUGACCCUAGAGCUUGAAGAAAAUACUAAACUAGGGGCCCCUAAUCUAGAAUCCACAAGAUUAUCCGUUGUGGCGGGAAAUUCUAUUUCCAAUGCAGGAGAUAAAGAUCCUAUGACUCUUACGGCUGCGGCUUCUAAAACCUCAAAAGCCUCAGCCUCUAAGCAAACUAAGGAAAAACUCUCAAAACCCUUCCAAAAAUCAGCUUCUAAGCUAUUGAAAGAAUCUGCAAUCAAUCUUAAUGAAAGACCUGAUGAUAAGCCAGCCUCGACAAAAAUACCCCUUGUUCCAAAAGACACUUCAACCUUAUCUCCCAUAAAAUCUGUUUCUUCUUCUCCCACAAAACCUAAAACGCCCGGAGAACUUGAAAAUGAUAGACUUUUCGACGCUCUAUUAACCUCUAAUCAAAGUGGAAGAAAGUCAUCUGGAAGUCCCCCAAGGAAGAAGUUUGUGUUGUCUCAAAGUCUUGUAAAGAAAACUCAAGAAGACAGUAAAAUUAGAGAGAAAAAUAAAUCAGCUUACCUAAAAUCUAUGUCCAGUAAUUCCAAACAGAUCCCUGCAGCUCUCCUCCAUUCUUCUGUACGGAGCCCCAGUAGUGCCGAGCAUUCAUUUCCUUCACCAACCCAUCAGAUCAGAUCCCCUGCUCCAGCAAUAAAUAAUUUUUCAUCGCCACAAUUACAAGAAUCAAGCCGAGUCUGUGUUACGAAAGAUGUUCAUGAUGAUAAUAUUACUAGCAAUGCUCCCAAACCCUCUUCAAGCCUUGAAAAGGUUCCUAAGAAAGGUCCUGAAAGUACUGAGCCAGUUGUAUCUCCAAGAUCCAGAAUAGUAGCUCCCUGGAGAAACCAGGAACAGGAUACACCGGCUCCAGUUGAUCGAGAUUCAUCAAAUCAGGAUAUUUACGAGUUUGAAGGAUUUCCAGAUGACAUUGGUGCUUCGGAAGUUUCGCCUUCGAAAAGAAAAUAUAGGACUCCUGUCUCUGAGAACCGUGCAACAAAGUUUGGUCGACCAACUAACCACAAGAUGUUUCUAGUUGCUCCUAAACGUAAACUUGAAGAUUCAAGGUCGGCUGGAAAACAUCAGUCCCAGUCUCCUAAACGAAAUGAUAAAUCUCCGUUGGCACAUGACAGUUCAUCAUUUAAAUCUCAGCUAAGUGAUUCACUUUCAAAACGACACGGCGAAACUUCGCCAUUGUGUGUCAAGUCCUCGUCAUGGCGGAGUGAAGGCUCGCCUCGACAGACUGAAGGCUCGCCAUGGCGGAGUGAAUCUUCACUGCAACGAUCUGAGCCUCCCCCUAUAAGAAAAGAAAAUCCAUCUCUACCAGCUGAGUCGUCAUCAGUUCAAGGAAAAAAUAAGACAACAAUUAUGAAUUCCUUGCCUGAAGAGCCCAAGAAACCUGCUAAAAAUGCUGUUCUCUCCAGAGUAUUCUCUAAACCUCCAGCUAAAGACUCGGAAUCAACGGAGAAUCUUGUUACCGACAAGAAGGAGUCAAGGACGGCUAAGAAACAUAAACUAUAUUCUCAGAACCUACUGGAUGAGACGGCACGGAAUAGUCCGGAUAUCAAUCUGAAACAAGUUGAGAAUGUUCAGUUCAGCAAUGUUAAAACUAAAACUGUCAUCAAAUCAAAACCUUCAAAAGAAGUGAAGACGAGAGGCUCCAAGGAUUUAUUCAAGAAACCAAAGAGCAAGAAAGCAACAAUAUAUAAAUCCACAGAGGAAUCCGACCAAUCAGAAGCUGACAGCAUGUCGUCCAACCAAUCAGAAUCUAGCAAUAAAUCUGAUCAAUCGACCUCGCGUGGUAGGAAGCGCAAGGCAACACUGGCGCGCAGGUCUUCAAUGGAUUUUGCUCCUUUGCCGCGAUUUAUUCAGAAAAUGGAGGAGAAGAAGAUGAAAGAUUCAAUUAAUGAACUAACUACCUCCAGAUACAGAAGAAAAGGGACUGUUCCCUCCAAGAAUAUUGUAUGUACGUCCUGUAGUCAGGAUGAUAUCAGCUUAGUCAACCAACUUGUUAAAUCUUACGGCAGGUUCACGUUCUCUACGAGCGUAAAUAGUCGAACUAGUCAUGUAGUGAGCGGAGAAGGGAAACGAACCCUGAACCUACUCAAGGGUCUACUUCAAGGCUGCUGGAUAGUAACUAAGGAAUGGGUUCUGUCUAGCCUUGAAGCAGAGCACUGGGUAGACGAGGAACCUUAUGAAAUGGUGGAUUUUUCACCAGCUGUCAGAAAUCUCAGACUAGAGAGGAGUACCUGGGGUGGAAUGUUUAAAUCUGAACUGUUCAAGGAGAUUGGAACUAUUUAUAUAUCUGUAGAUUGCAGAGCGCCUAGAGACGAACUCAAACAAUUGAUACAAUCUGGAGGAGGACUUGUAUCUCAGCAGGCUAGACUUGCUCAGGUAGUGGUUGGGGAGGAGAGUAGAGACAAUUCAGUUCAUUCUGUAACUGAGAAGUGGAUUCUAGACAGUGUUCAGUUUCAUCUUAUCAUGCCAUUCUCAGACUAUCCUAUCUAAACUUGUUCAGUUUCAUCUUAUCAUGCUAUUUUCAGACUAUCCUAUCUAAACUUGUUCAG